AUGGCUAAAACUGAAAACGCAGAGAUAAAACUCAAUUUUUCACAGGACGAGCUGAUCUUGUGCUUUCAUGGUCCCUUACUCUACGAGGCCAAGAUCCUAAAAGCCGAAAAUUGGGGUCCCGAUGAUUCAGAAUCUGGGGAAAUCGGUCCACAUUAUUUUGUGCAUUACAAAGGGUGGAAAAAAACGUGGGAUGAGUGGGUUCCAGAAGAGAGAGUUGUAAAAUACAAUGAUGCUAACUUGGUUAGACAAAAGCAACUAAAAGACACAUAUACCAAUAAGAAAAAGAAAUCUGCAAACAAAGAACGACAGAAUACCCCUUCCCAGGAACCUUUACGAUUAACGCAAGCUCGUACAAAUAAUUUUAUGCAAAAUCGCCAAAAGAUUGCUAAUAGAGGCCAGCAGAAAAGCUCUUCUCCUGAGCAGCUCGAGAGUCCUAAUUCAGAUGCAAGCUCCAUUAAGGAAGAGGAUGAAGAAAUGUUAGACAUUAAAGAAGAACAUUUAGAACCAGAUGAUGAUGUUCAAGAAUAUCAAAGCCAGCAACGCACCAAAAAACGCAAAUCGAUAGACGAAGAUGAAGAUGAUGAAGAAGAAUUUAUGAAUCGCCUUGAAAUUAAAAUCUCUCUGCCUGAAUCGCUAAAAUGCAGAUUGAUAGAUGAUUGGGAAAAUAUCACAAGAAAUCACGCAUUAUUAAAAUUACCUCGGUCGCCAACUGUCUCGGAAAUUCUAAAGCAAUAUUUGGAGUACAAACGUUCAUCCUCAAUAAAAACUGAAAAGAGCGACAUCUACACGGAGGUUGCUCAUGGAAUUCAAGUUUAUUUCGAGAAGACUUUGGGGAACAUUCUUUUAUACGGUUACGAACGACAACAAUAUGUUGAUAUUCGUAAGCAAUUUCUAGAGAAAGAGAACGCAGAGAUUUAUGGAGCUGAACACCUAUUGAGGCUCUUUGUCGAAUUACCUCGUUUACUUGUUCACACACAUAUGGAUCAAACAACUACCGAGACUCUCGAAGAGCAUUUGGCUGAUUUCUUAAAAUUUUUACAGAAAAACGAAGAUCAAUACUUUAUCACUGAAUAUGAGCGUCAUGGGUGGAUCUGUGGUAAUUGCAAAACUUCAAACACCCCAGGAUGGCGGGCAGGAGAGACUCCGGACCAAAAACUUUGUAACGGUACAACUUUUAGACUUAUUAAGGUCUUUGGAAUAACCAUCGAGGCAGUAAAGCGCCAUAAAUGUUACCAGUUUUAUGCUGGAGUCUGGAACUCUACUGGACUUUCGGAUUUUCCGAUGUUCCAGUGGUUCCAUAGAAAAUUCCACCGUGAGAAUGGUCUUACCGGAAUAAAUAUAAUGUUAAUGCACAUAUAG